AUGGCAGAUAUUUUUCAAUAUAAAACCAAAGAUGGUACAUUAAUAGAUUUUGAUGUAUCAAGACAAUCAUGUGAAAAAUAUGGUUUUUUCGCAGGCUCAAGAGUAAUGACACCAAAAGGUGUUGGUACAGUUAUUGGAGUUUAUCAAAAUAACUUAUGGUUCCACAUUGAAGGUGAUGAAGGUGCAUCAUUUUGGGACAAUGGAAAAGAUUAUGAAUCAUUGGUAUUAAAAUUAAAUGUUCAAUUAAUUGAUGAUGAACCACCCAUUGGUCCACUAGAAAAUAGAUAUAGAGUAAAAAGAAUUAGCUAUCUUAAAAAGGAGGUCUCCAUUAUUCUCCAAAAUGAAAAUGGACCUUGCCCAUUAAUUUCAAUUGCAAAUGUUUUAUUGCUCCAACGAAAAAUUCAUAUUGACAGUGAUCUUCAAUAUGUCACCCUCAAGAAACUAGGGGAUUUAAUUAUGAAAUAUGCAAAGAAUUUAUAUGAAGGUAAUCAAGAUGUUUUGGAUAUUUUAGAUGAUUAUGAUAAAAAUGUUUUACCAACUUUAGAAAAAGGUUUAAUUGUAAAUAUUUAUUUCGAUAAUAUUUCAGGUUUCGAAAAAACUGAACCAUGUCAAAUUUUUGAUUAUUUAAAUAUCAAACUCGUUCAUGGCUGGAUCCCUGACCCAGAGCAAUUAGAUAUAAAGCAAAUCAUUGGAUCAUUGAGCUACAAUGACUUGGCUCCAAAAAUUGUAUCUUUCGAGCAAAGCUUUCCAAAUGCUAAAGUAGACACUCAACAAAAAGUCAACGACUUUGCCAAUAGCAAUCAAUUAACCGAGCACGGUUUACAUUUGAUUCAAGAGAAUUUAAAAGAAGAUGAACUUUGUGUAUUUUUUAGAAACAACCAUUUUGCCACAAUGACCAAACACGAUGGAUAUCUUCACAUUUUAGUUUCAGAUGUUGGCUAUGAAAGAGAAAGCAAUAUCAUUUGGGAUAGAAUAAUGUCUAAAGAAGGAGAAUCAAUUUUCCUUUCUGGUGAUUUCCUUUCCAGAAAAGAUGAGCUCAUCAUCGAGGUUGUAAACACUUUAAAAUUAUUUGGUUUCAAAGAUAGUGAAGUUGAUGAAGCUAAACAUUAUGUCCAAACAAUCGAUAAGGUCGAUUGUGAUUUAAUUGAAGAAGCCACAAAAUUCCUCCAAAGCAAAGGCUAUUCACCAUAA